AUGAUAGUCGGCGGGCCAGAAGGCGGCGAUUCCGCGAACACACCGAAAAGCCUGGGCUCGGCAGCUAUAUGUCGGAACAGUCUAUGGUCGAGAAGAGAGCUCCAAAAAGAUAUGCCGGAGCCCAUCGUGUUCCCCAAUAAGGACCUGCCAGCCGGGGAAACCCCGCAUCGAGACGCGUUGGUCAUCGCCAUGGACAUCAACGGUGUGGUUGUUCGCCGAAUCCUGGUCGACACCGGGAGCAGCGUCAACGUACUGAACCUGGAGACCUUUACCAAGAUGGGGCUGACCCGAGAACAGCUCAGGCCUGUGAACACCCCUCUCGCCGGUUUCACCGGGGACUCGGUGGAGGCGGAAGGGUCCAUCACUCUUCCUGUGGAAAUCGGCAGCUAUCCGGACGUACAACGGUUGAGCAUGAAGUUUAUCGUGGUCGAUCUAGCCUGCUCACACAACGCCAUACUCGGCCGCCCGGGUUUGGAAGACCUCGGGCCCUGA